AUGCAGCUAGCGAUUCAACCCGUCGAUAAAGUUGAGAAAGGGCUCUUGAGGUAUUCCUACAUCUGCGAGCAAUUCGUUGUCCCUUGGCAAAAAGUGAAUCCCAUCUGGCGCGACGACUGGGAUGGGGAAGGCAAAGAGAUGAGCAGAUCUCGGGUCGGUUGGAUGGGUGACUCAGAGGGUCCACCUGGAGAACGUAACGAGCUCGAAGGCGGUAUUUCGGUGGGUAGACGAGAAGACGAGCUUCACACAGAGGUGGAGGAAGCUUUUCAGUAA